AUGUCCACGAAUUCAACCUCACCGUAUGAGCACUUCUUCCACUACAAGAGUGGCCGCUGGCUAUGGGAUGAAGAGAGCCGGCAACCCGAAAGCGUUGGGGCGCAAUCCUGCGUAUCCAUAACCAAACUCGCUGAAGGCGGAUACAACAAGGUGUUCCGCCUGGUCAUGGACAACGGUUCUGUUGCGAUUGCACGUAUUCCAAAUCCGAACGCUGGCCCUGCCUAUAAGACGACUGCUUCUGAAGUUGCAACUAUGGAUUUUAACCGUACUCAAUAUCCCGUUCCAAAGGUUUUCGCUUGGAGCGCAACAGCAAACAAUCCUGUAGAAGCCGAGUAUAUUGUAAUGGAGGAGGCACCAGGGAUACAGCUAGAGGACGUGUAUGGCAAUAUUUACUUCGCAACCGAUCCAUUUCCAGGAUGUGAAACAGCUAAGGUUGUGGGCGAUAUUCCUGCAGAAUUGAAAAGAGUUGCAGAAGAGCGUUUUACCAUCGGACCAGUUGUUGACAGAGAGUUUUGGAAUGGAAAGCGUGCGUCGAUGGUCAUUGACCGAGGUCCUUGUAAAUUCAACCCGUUUGCAUUUCAAUAUGACUACGCUAAUCGGGAGAUUGCUUGGAUAAGUAGCUUUGCUGUUCCAAAACCGCAAAAAGAUAUAUUUGUCGCAUCUAAAUCUCAGAAUUCACCCAGUUCUCCCAUUUCGCUCUACAAAAUGUUCUUAUGUACUAUACCAUACCUUUUCCCCAAAAACGAGAAGCUUUCCGGCUCCACCCUUUGGCAUUGGGAUAUUCAUUCUGCAAACCUCUUUGUAGAAGGCAGUCGAAGUACUAGCCUCAUUGACUAG